GCCGCCGCCGCCGCCGCCGCCCACGCCUGAGGAUUCCGGCGACUCCCGGUGGUGCGCAGAACAACUGUUUCCCCUCCUCACUGCGCGCCUUCCACCCCGCCGACCAGUAUCACCACUCGCGGCCUCCACCCUCGCCCACGGCUAGGGUUUCUGCUCAUAUGCUUUUGCUGCGCAUCGCCUAUGUCACGGUCGGGCCGACCACCGGUGGCGAGGGCACAAGAUGCAGGAGCUUGGCCUUCUUCUCGCGCUGCAGCCGCCGGCCUUGUCCUGCUCGAGGAGGAGGAGGAGCAGGAGGGGCGCACCCAACUACCAAGGUGGCCGCCGUCGAGGGCUUCUUACAUCUGAACCUCGACCUCCACGUCGUCGUCGUCCACCGACUCAAGUUCAAGAUUUCCCUGUUACCCUCUCCCCCCUCUCUGUUUGGUUCUUUCCGGCAGUCGUGGAUGUGGUUUCCCACCCAUGCCUCUCUCUUUGCUCUGCUUUGUUGUGGAUGCAGGGAAGGAGAGGUUGCGGCGAGGGCACCAUGGCGAAUGUUCUGGAGCUCGGCGUCAUCUCUACGGGAGGACUGGCUUGUGGAAGUCAUGCAUGAUGCAUCUGACUUGGGCAGAAUUCGAUGAGAAAGAAUUAUAUUGAAGAGUAAUGCAUGCUUCCGUCCUUUAUGGUAGUCGCUUCAGUUUGACCAGACACCUGGCAUGGUGCUUUCUUCCAUAUAUUGUUCUCUCGAAAAAUUUCCUUGUGUAUAGUAUAUUGGAUUCGAUGAUUAUUAUUUUGCCUUCA